GAAUACCACGAUGAACAAGGCAGAAGCAAAAGGGAGCAGCUAUAAUCUGUCCUUGACAGCUGUUUCCAUUGGCUUGAUGUAAAAUCAAACGUGAUGAAAUCUCCUAAAUUUAACACUUCACCUAGCCCCUUAGCUAUGCCAGUGAAUGCCAACACAGUUUCAAGCAAGUGGCAGAUGGUUUCUGUAUAGCCCAGCUCCCACAAUGGAAAAAAAAACGCGGAGUACUUUUUACUUGGUGAUCUGAAGAGUCUUGACGCGAGUCGGUGUAUGAGCCCUGCAGUGUCUUGAAAUGAUCUGCGCCAGUGCUAUGUAACGCAGUGAGUCCAGGGUGUCCUGCACAGUGUAUGUCCGAAAUGGAGUUGACAGAUUUACAAAGAGACCCUCCUGCACAGUGUUCAGCAGGGCCAGUGGGAGAUGACUUGUUUCACUGGCAGGCAACAAUCAUGGGACCGAACGACAGUCCUUACCAAGGUGGGGUUUUCUUUCUGACCAUACAUUUUCCUACAGAUUAUCCUUUCAAACCACCAAAGGUUGCUUUCACAACGAAGAUCUACCACCCCAAUAUUAACAGCAACGGCAGCAUCUGCCUUGAUAUCUUACGGUCACAGUGGUCACCAGCACUCACAGUAUCGAAAGUUCUGUUGUCCAUCUGCUCUCUCCUUUGUGACCCCAACCCUGAUGAUCCACUGGUACCAGAGAUCGCUCACACCUACAAAGCUGACAGGGAAAAGUACAACAGACUAGCAAGAGAAUGGACACAAAAAUACGCAAUGUGAGAAUGGGGGGGGGAGAGCGCGAAACAUUUUACAUAAACACAAGCAGAGAAAACAAAUUGACAGACCCUGGACAGAGAAAAAGAGAGAGAGACACAAGCUCCAGUGCAACCUGGUUAAAGAUUGGUGACCUGCUGCCAUGUGCCAUUCAUGAAGACUUUUGCACGUCUGCUGUGGAGAGGCAGAGGAAGCCACAACACUCCACUUUAGAGAAUGAUGUAACCUCCUUGUUUCUGAUCGCUCCAGAUGACCAACCUGGAAUCAAGACUGUCUCUUUUCUUUUUAUUAAUAUCAUUAUUACUACUCUUAAUAUUAAUAUACUGAAUGCGAAGUAUCUGGAUGAGAAUUUGGAAGGACCUCAGCAGUUGCCUGACACUCCUCCUUGAAAUACAGUUUAUCCUUGCUUUCCCUCAGAAGCUAUACAGGGUGCUAUGUAAUGUAUAUGUGUACAUUUGUGACUUGCUUUCCUAAAAGCAGGCUCUUUGGUGUUAUUCUCAGUAACGAUAUGUUUAAUAUUACUAAUGGGCCCUGAAAGAAAACUCUAAUUGGAGCCAUGUUGAGGAUUAGUUUGCAGAAAUGGCCUUGUAAUGUCAGGAUUUGUACAGGAACACAUUUUCUAGAACAAAAAACAUGAUCUUGAAACUCAAAGAGUAAGGGUUUGGGAGAGAGGGUCUCGUGUGUGUGCAUAUACAUACAUAGAGAUGCACUGUUGUGAAUUUGUGUUGUAUGUGCAGGCAAGUGUCCUUUUAUCUGAGGAACAAUCAGACUCUGCUUGCCUUAGUUUUUGGUCAUUGUGAAUUAGGGAGCUAGACUGUAGUGGGGAUAUGAACCACUCUUAGUGGUAUUCUCUGUUCUCUACUCACUGUUUAUCCAUGAAAAGCCAUGACUGGCUCUUGACGUGUACAAAUGCAUUGGCAAACACUGUUCCGGUAGUUCUAAGAUCGCAUAUUUGCCCUGUUGAUCGAGUUGAGACUUACUAAUUACACCUCUGCCAUCUAUUCAACUUGGACAAACUUGCUUGCUGAUUGCUGACCUUGCUCGCUUUCUCGACCACUUUGAGGCUGUCACCUUCAAAGUUAGAGAGGACAGAUCGUGAACUAGCCAGUCUUACCUAGUUGAAUGGAUGGUAUUUGGUAGAGGCAUUAUCAGCAGGAUACAAGUUGUUAAACUGGGUCAUUUUGAUGCAGUCUUAAUACUAUUGAAACGCUGUUUGCAAUAUUAUUUGAAUCUCAAUCUGGUUAUGAUAUGUAGCUGUGGCCCAUCACUAAACCUUAAACUAUUUCUUCAAGUGUGCACACUACAUAUUUUCAAAGUUUCUGAAUAUAAGUUGUUAGUUUACAUUAAAUAAUGUGUUUUAGGAUGCAUACAUUGAACUUGUUUUAAACAGAUUCAUGCUAAAAAGAAAACAUGAUAUUUGGUAUCAUGCACUGUGUUGUUAGUUCAGUUCAAAAGUACCGUAACUGCAGCAUAGAUUUAUAUGUACAGGAUUUUGUGAAAAAUCAAGUUUCUUUCACCUUAAUUCUAUAACUCCCUGUAAGUGUAUUAAAUGCAGUUAACUUGAUUUAGAUAUAAGCCAGACCUGAUAUUUCACUACGUGUACCUCCAUCUUUCUUUCAUCUUGCAGAAAAUCUUCUCAUGCCGCAUUCAUGAGAAUCAGAAAUGGUGCAACAGACAUGGAGCUGUUUUUAACUGUAUUCUUGUUUUACAUGAAGAUUGUCAUCUAGGUUCUACAGGUCAAUACUGCUGACAGGCUAAACGCAAAGGUGAUCAGUACAGGUGGAAUUCACCCUACUUGAGUGAAAUUCAGUGCAAAAAAGGCAUUCAGAACCAUAGCUGUGACUUAAAGGGCAUACAUUUGUUGUUAUGAAAAUAAUUAUAUUUUAUUAUUGCUUAUUUAGUUUACAGUCUUCAUUAUAGGCAUUUUACACAGUGAUACACAGUAGUUUAUAGGGAUAUAUAUCCCAAUCAAUUAAAAAGUGAAAGUGAAGAUGUCCAUUUGAAUCAUAAACCUUAUAUUCACAUUAUUUAUUCAUUGCUUGCAUUAUAUCACUGGUUCUGAUUCAAGUUAACACAUUUCGAUCAGUGUUUCAUUGUAUUAAGAGCCAGAUGUAAAUUCUAAUGCCCUAAUAGUAUACAACAUUAAGCAAACACAUUUUUGAAAGUUCAUCUUUGGUAGCGACAACAUUUUAGAAGAAUUGCUUUCAGGCAUGCAUAUUUUCGGGUUUACAGCUCAAAAAGCAAUGCUUGAAACAAUAAUAUAUACGCCUGUUCCCAACUCCUCUCUUUUUAAUCAGUUGGGAACCUUCUGCUUCAGUGGCUAUACACUGAGGUUGAAGUGAAUGGUUGGAGGUGUUAGCAAGGUGAAAUGUUAAAAGCCUUUCUCCUCUGCAUGAGUUUCUAGAACAGUCUCUUCAUUGCAGAUUGAAUGCUACAAUCAUAUAAUCCAUUGACUUAACUGUAGUUAUGCACUGGUCCAUCUGUCAAAAAGGAAUCUUUGUAUAGUUUAGAAAACUGUCAUAAUUUCCACAAUUAUAAAGCAAUCAAGAGAUUAACAAAGAUGUGGUUAAGGAAAAGGAGUAAAGGCAGGCAAAUGUUUGCCAAACGCAUAGGUCUAGUGAUUAGUUAAAGCUGCUAAUGAAGUAGCUGUUUUGGCAGCAUCUCCGCAGUGUCAUGUAUUUACCUGUUUGGGACUUUUAAGCCAGCUACAGGGGUUGGACUGGGCCAUUCACAGCAAGACUAGCCUCAGUUCACACUUGACCCAGAACUAGAUAUCAAACAGCUUCUGUUCUUUUCAGACUCUGAAAAAGGGCUGCCUUUUGUUUCUUUUCUGUUUCUCAAGAACACACAUAGCUGUUUCUAGUGUAAUUAAGGCUACGAUUUUGGCACCAAACUGUUUUUAAGUCUAUUACCAGUUCACAUGUCCCUGCAACUUUGCAGGGAACUAAAACGAUAAUCUUUGAUCACAAGGAAGCAGAACACAGGAUAUUUUACAGCUACAAUUUCUACUGGAAUACUUUUGAAUGUAAUGCAUUUACGUGAAGGUAGUGUUCAAUUUGUUACCACAGAGCAGAAUUGUUUAUUAUUGUUGCUGUGCAGUGACAUGGUUGGAGAGCAUACCUAGCACAUCUGUGCUUUUUGUAUUUAAUUAAUUUAUUCAUUAUUUAUUAUAUUCCAAGUGUAGGGUGAGUUGAUAGUGGUCUCCAGUCAUGACCUUUUCCUCUGUGUGCUUUUGAUGCGAUUCUUGGUCAAACACUGAAACAAUAUCUUGCCGAUUGUUUUUUCAGAGAUUGUCUUUACAUCUGGAGAACAGUUUUGUGGCUUGCUCUGUACAAUGGGCUGACGAAGAAAGUGUUUUGAAAAGCCAUUUGCAAGAUUUCAGGGAUUUUAUUACUAUUCAUAGUCUAUCUGGCACCUUUGUCAAAAUCUUAGCCUUAACUAUAAUCGUAUCCUGUAUAUAAAUACUGUAAAAACACAAUCAGGGCUUUAGAAUUUUUUACAAGGCAGGGGAAUCCGUGGUUUCAUUUCAGCAUGAGCCUAAUAAAAAGUGAAUCUUAAUGCAAACUUUUUUACUCAGUGUUUUGCUCAUUUGAAAUCCUGGAUGCCCCAGUUUUAAGUGUACAGGCAUCACCUUAUUUUCACUUCGAUCGUGAAUGAUUCUGAAUGCACGGCCAGCCCUCACCCCACCCCCUUCGCCCCAACACUUCCUUCCCAGUAUGUUCAGAUACCAUUUGGCACAGAGAAAUUCAGAUGUACCAACACUAAAUUAAUAAAGCUCCUUUUGUUUUAUAA